AUACAUUCCAGCUGGUCUCAGUUAAGCUGACAAAAGCAGCAGGCCAAGAUUUGGAAGCCAAAGAAUUGUUGGUGGUUUUGGAUGGUGUGGAUGCGUCACCGAAGCGAAUUGCAUUUGGAAGAGAAGGUGAAUACGUGGCAUCAGUGAAGGAGGCUAUUCUCCAAGUUUAUUUUUUUAAACAGAAACACUUGAACAGGUUUUCUGUAAGUGCAGCGAAGACAAAAAGUGGGAACAAUCACUUCACCUGCGUAGCAUGCCACCCUACGGAGGACUGUAUUGCAACUGGCCAUGCCAAUGGAAAGAUUCGCCUCUGGAGGAAUUUCUACCACAAGAAAGAGUACACAUUUUCCACACUGCACUGGCAUCAUGACACUGUCAUGGAUCUGGCUUUUUCUAUGGAGGGAACCAGCUUGAUGAGUGGCGGAGUUGAAUCUGUUCUAGUUCUGUGGCACAAUGAAUCAGACUGUCAGAAGGAUUUCCUUCCUCGUUUGGGAUCUGCUAUUGAGUGCAUCUCCAUGUCAUGUGAUGGCUCACUCUGCUGCACCUUGCAUACAGACAACAGAAUUACAAUAAUCAACAGCAACCUAAGAUUUUCCAAAAGUAUUCAAGGGUUAAUCAAAAGUCCAGAUGUCAAGACUGGUCUAGUGGUUGAUCCUAGAACUAAAGCUUUGGUCCUGAAUGGAGAGCCUGGCCACUUGCAGUUCUAUUGUCUACAGAGUGACCAACAGCUGUUCAGUUUGGAUGUUGUGCAGCGACAGUACAUUCACCAGGCAGGUUUAAACCAAGCUGACUUGGUAAAAGUUGCAUUUAGUGCACAAGGCAAGUGGCUGGCAACAGUAGAAGAAAGAGAAGAAGUAACUGACCCCGAGUUACAGUUGAAGCUGUGGUUCUAUGAUGAAACAACACAAAGCUUUAAGCUGAAUACUAGAAUAACUAUGCCCCAUGAGGACCACAUAACAGACAUGUGCUUUCGUGACAUAGAUGGAUUGGAAGAUGACUCUCUGAUAUUGGUAACAGCUGGCAGAGACUGUAUGUUUAAAGUCUGGGUGAUGGUAGAAGACACUGAUCCAGAAGCACAGCAACGUGUGAGCUGGAGCUGUGAUUUUGUAGGCAGCUACCACAACUACCAAGCUACUAACUGCUGUUUCUCAGAAGAUGGCUCAUUGCUCGCUGUCAGCUUUGAAGAAACUGUCACUGUAUGGGAUUCAGUUACUUGGGAUCUUAAGUGUACAUUUUGCCAUCCACCUGGAAAAAUGAGGAGCAUCUGCUUUGGGAGACAAACGUGUUGCAAGUACCUUAUUGGUGCCACUGAUUAUGGAUUUCUGUGUUGCUGGAACCUGCUCAGUUGUUCAUUGGAAUGGAGUGCCCACCUCAACAUCUUGGUUCUGCAACCUGAUCCCCUUUCAGAAUAUAUUGCUGCUGUCUCAUGGCUCUCAAAAGAGUCCAGCUUGUUUGUGUUUAAACCAAAUGAGCCACGGCCAGUCUAUAUCCAGAGGAAUCUUUGUGAAGAAAAGAUCCAGUUUGCUGCCUUCAUUCCAAGAGACGAACCUGAAACAGUUGGCUUAGAAAAAUACCUUUGGCUACAAAGAUCCCAACUCUUUUUUCUUACGGAUACACAAGAGCUAAUGACGCUUAGCACAAAGUCUCUAGAAGAAAGGCUUACACCGUCAAGCAAACAGCUGGCGGUAGAAGAAAAUCUUCCUGUGACUCCAUUUAGCUUGCUGUUAGGAAAGCACAGAUGUCAGCGAUCCCAGAAGGAUAUAGACCUUGGAAAAGUAGUUGUUCGGAAUAAGCAAGAGCAAGAUUCACCUGCUGUCAAAGAGCUCUUGCACACUCCAGCACAUGUUUUGCCAUCUGCUUCCUUCCUUUGCCCUAUAUUUAUUAAUUCAUUGCUCAUCUCCAAGGAAAACAAAAGUGCAAAAGAAGUUGCUGAUGAAGUAGAAAUGGAAAGUGAAAAAACAGGGGAUGAUUCAGAUGAGGAAAGAGAUGUUACUGACAUGGAACAAGAAGAGACAAGUCCUGUGGAAUUACUAGGUGAGGUGACGUAUAAACUGUCUAAAUCCCAGGAAAAAGAGCUACGAAAAAUAAGAAAAAUGGACUACAGUUGGAUAUCAACUUAA